GCGUACCUGUAUGUAUUUCCGUUUAGGCUUUUAUUUUGAAGGCGCAUUCAUUUUACUUCCGUUCCCGUAGCAGAUAUUGAAGUGCUGGCGAGCAUCUUUGCGGUCACAGUCAGGAUAUCAGACAGCGUGACGCGAGAAGGAAGAAAUAAAUUACGCUUUGUUUCCAGCUUGUUUUCCCCCGAACCAUCUACGUACCAUCAGCGGGCCCAUGGAGAGCAGAGCCCCGCUUGUGUCCACCGGAGCCAGCUUGAGCUUGAUCGGAUGCCUUUCACCUCCGCGCCGCCGUUAGGUGUUCUCCAUUCAGGAUUAAUUGGUUGACCGACCGAUGGCUCCCAAACAUGUGCUCCUUCCCAGCAGCGGCGGUGGCCCCAGGGUUUGUCCGGCAGCACGGAGCCCGGACGCCUGGACGGUGGCGGUCGGCUCGCCGACGAAGGGGACGAGGAUGCUGGGCCGGUGCUUUGUGAGCGUCGGUGCGGUGCUGAUGCUGAUCCAGUGCUCCUUGGCUGCUGAUGCUGAGAUCGAGCAUCAUGACUUGACAAGGAUGUCUGUCUUUCCACGUUUGCCCUCUGGCCUCCCAGCCACCUUGGCGACCGGGACCGAUGACAAAGACACAACAAAAGGGACUGACCCGAGUCAGGUCUUAGCAUCAGAGCGGAAUGAAUCAGAAGGUGUCAUGGCUACUGGAAGAGACAGCAAACUCAUAUCAGACCCUGGAACCAGCACAAGAACCAAAGCUGAAGCGAAGCUCGUGGAACCAAAGUCGCCAAGUCCACGCAGCGACGUGACUUCCUGGCUUGGUCAGAAGAAGUUGCAGACGGUUGGAAAGGACCGAGGAGGGCAGGCAUCCUCCUCAUCAGUCCUUAUAAUGGAGGCAGAGACACCAAACCCACCAGCAGGGACAAAGCCUUUAGGACUGCUGUCUAAGGCUGCUUGGACCAAAAUCUCUUCGUCGUCGUCAUCAUCAUCAUCAUCCAAAACCUCAAUGAGAAAAACGCUACCUUCACCAUCCACGUCUUCAUCCUCCACGCCAGCCAUUAAUGGUGACCUACAGGCGGGGAGGUUCAACACUGUCUCUGUAAUUGAUGUCAGCAACAACUCGAACAACUCCUCGGACAGCAACAGCAGUUUAAAUUUAGACGCUGCCCAAUCUACCAAGGAGUCAGAGAGCAGUCCGCCAGCGUGGGAUCUCCCCACUGUUCCAGAGUCCCUCUUAUCCACAGCGGGUGACCAUGACAUCACGCUACCUGACAAUGUCACCAGCCCCUUCUCCACUCACCAAUGGAAUACCACUGUGCCCGUACGCACCAAAAACUCCUCUCAGACUACAACUACCACAAAAACUACUUUGUCGCCCACCACCGCCUCCACACUCUCUUUACCAUCAAAUACCAUUCCAAGUUUCAACACAACACAGAUGUCCACUCUUGCUCCACGCAGCAUGGAAAGCGUGACUGAUGACACCCAGCAGGUGGAGACACUGACAACAACCGAGCCCUCAGUAACCACUUCGACUGUGAUCAACUCCGCUUUUACAAUCCCAGCAGUGACCACAAACGUUACUGUAACAGUCUCCCCAAACACCACAGCUGCCGUAACCGUGCAGCCGUCACCGAGCCUCAAACUCACAACUGCAGCUACUACAACUCAGCCUGCAACCACAACCACCACUACUACUACUACUACUACUACGACUACUCCAACACCUCCAAUCACUACAACGACACAACCCCCAUCAACCACAACCACCCCCGUUCCGAUAACCACUACCACCACGCCUGCUACUACAACUCCAGCCACCACUACCACUACUAGUACUACCAUAGCAAGCACUACAUUAAAAAAGGUACCUCCGACUACCAUGUUUGUCCCAGUUGAAACUGUACCACCAACAGCUAUGGCCACAGAACCCCCAGGCAGCACCAUUACAGAGGAUGGGUCUUUACCAUGCAACGUCACAGCAAAGUACUGGGUCAAAACAGUUUUGUCCAUUGAGACCCGCAAGAACCGACUUGAUCUGGUCCUAAAACAGAAUCUAGCUAAAGGAUUGAGUCAUGCACUGCAGAGAGCCUUGAAUGAUUCCACUGCUUAUGCACAGGUGGAACGUGAUGACUGCAGCCCAUACAAUGUAACAUUAGGUUACUAUGUGGCUGGUGUUAAAACUGUUUACAUUUCCUCUUACGUAGUUGAGGCACUCAGUGUGUAUGGUUUUGAUAAGCUGCUGUCUGACAUCAGGCAGCACACACCAUUGGUUAAGGCUGUUCUGGUUCCCGUGGCAACCUGGAUGCCCGCACCCAGCAUCCACCUACAACUGAAAACAGUGUUGAGGUUUGUUGGCCCGACAGACCACAUCUACUCCUGCAGUUUUGUCCAGAUGCUGGAGCAGAGACUGGAGAGCGCCUACGAUGAGGCUCAAGACAAAGUGCUAGAGACCUACAGCAGGCUUACUGUGGAGAUUCAAAGUGUGUCCCAGGAUCUGGGAUCUCCAUCAGUCUCUCUCGUGUAUGUCGUGAAGAAUCAGGACGCAGAACUGAAUGGAACCAUCGCAAGCGGCCUCCUCAACCAGCUGACUGCUGAGCUGGUUGGCUACUUCUUGUUCUACCCGCCGCUGGUUAUUGCUGAGCCCCUUGAAUACCACAAUCUCAACACGUCCACUGCGACCAGAGACUAUUGGGUAAUAACAGUGAUCCAGGAUGUGGACAGAUCUUCCCUGGAGGCUAACUACCAGAGCUUUGCCAAUUUGAUGGAGCAGCGUUUAGCCGAGCUCUUUCAUGUGGCUGGCAGGCAGGGCUCGGAAACUUUACGGUCCAGACGUGCGACUACAGUCGGGGCCUACACCGUACAGAUGGUGAGCAUGCGUCGACUUCCUGGUCCCAAGAACCCAGCUGAGAUGACAUAUUAUGCCCAAUUGAAUGGAGCCCCGAUCACUGGAACAACUGCCGCCAAGACACUGAGCAGUUUGGACUCCCAGACCAUGGCUCUGACUCUGGGAUACUUUGUCCAAGUGCAGGCUGAACCUGUGGUGAAGAUACGACAGAGCAACCUGUGGAUCAUGGCCGUUCUCACACCUCUAUUCUUGUUGAUGGUGGUCAUUGGAAUGGUUGUCUUCAUCCUUUGCAAAAGGAACCGGGUCAUCUUCAAAUCCGGUGCCUUCAGAACCUUCAAGAGUCGCACCAAAACCUCGUAUCGGCGGGAGGGCAGUUACCACCACCAGCCUGUGCAGGGUUUCGACUACGCCAAGAAGCACAUGGGUCGGACUGGUGAUGAGGCCAUCUCGUUAAAUAAAGAGACAUUGGUUCUUGGACUUCCCGUGCGAGAUGCCCCGCUGUCUAUGUCAUUGGAUAAGAAGGUCUACCAGGAUGGGACUGCCAACAAGAGGCCACCAUCUGCAGACAUACACAAAGGAGGGCGGUUGCCAAGCGAGGAUGGUUCAAUGUCAAGUAACAGCUCCGGGAAGCUGAAUGCCAGCAAGAGCUCCUCGGCCCGGAAGACAGCCACUGGUAGCAGCUGCAAGAACGGCAAGGAGGAUCUGCACAAGAGAAACACCAAUGACCCGUAUGAAGAUCAUACAGGCUCUCUACGGCUCAUCACCAUCAAACCCUUGACAGCCCAGCCAACUUACUCCUACCCCUCAUCCUCCUCCCACAGCCAAGACUCUGUCAUCAUUAAUGGCGAGGCAAAUCACGGCGGGCUGAAGCCGAAGUCAGACAUCGAACACUACAGAAACAAACUGCGCCAGAAAGCCCGCAGGAAGGGUUAUGGAGAGUUCUCCCUUUCCGAGGGUGGCAGCCAUGGUUAUAGUCACAGCCGGCACGGUCGACAUGACAACGGAGUCAAGGAACCAAUGACUGCUGAGGAGAAGAGGGCCUCCUUUGCUGGAUGUCAUAAAAGGUACUCCCAUCCACGGGAGCCCACCUAUUGGAGCAGGCAGUCCCUGAGCAGCCCCAGCCCAGUGGAGACAGAGAUGGACCUUCUAGUUCUUAGGGAGCGAUCUAGGAGAGGCAUCCGCAACAAUGGCUAUGAUGGUGAACCAGAGCCGUAUGAGGAGACCAAUGUGGACCGUUUGAUGACCUCUCUUGGUUACGGAGGUGGAUCUACUGGCACUGGGAAUGGAAGCCUGGGGGUGAAAGCUCACCGUGGCUCAGACUCCUCCACACUCAGCUCUCAGCCAUCCAUUGACGACGUUCGCACGCAGAUGCAUAUGUUGCUUGGCAACGCCUUCAGCCUGGCACCCUCAGACCAUGACCCACCUUCUCCUCCGACGAAACACCGCCAUCACCACCACCGUGCCCACAGCGCUUACAAGCCGUCCCACAUGAGCCACUACAGUGAUGGAGUGACCAGCGCCCCUGGAACCAUGAACCAUCCCUGUGGAGGCAGACAGAGGAGCCUGGGUUACGAUGACUUGCACCAGUGUAGCCUGCCCAAACCGGGUUUCCGGUUCACGCAGCUCCCUGACAUGGGGAUCGGGACUCCUCCACCACUAAUCCCCUCAAGACCAGGACCACUACCUGGACCUUCACUGCGACGUUCCACUCCCGACGUUAGCCUGAAACCUCGAGUGUCGGAGGCCUCAGACAUGCAGGCCCAACAGCACAACGGUGCCCCCUAUCUGCCGCUGUCCAGGACCACCUUCCCUGCUGUUACUGUUGACCAGUCCAUCAGCACCUACUCAGGAAACCCAAUAACAGCAGUGUACGCAAUAUCAGCCAACCACCCAGGUUACUCAGACUACUUUGUCAUGUCGCCACCAUCUUCGUACCGUAGUCCGUCCUGGAUGUCCUACCCACCUGAGCCAGAAGACCUUCCGCGACAGUGGAACGACCCCCCGAGCUCACGCCACCUUGAAACUAUCUGCUGAAGUCCCACACCAUUAUGGUGUUUGUUUUGGUGGGAAGAUGGCCUCCCUCUCUUUCCUGUUCCUGUCUGAAUUUGUUCUAUUAAAAUGGAGGUUCCCUCACUUCCAUAUCUUCUUGUUUUUUGUUGCUGGACCUACAGCCCUGACGCUUCUUCGCCCCCCCCCUCACAUGGUCACAGAUGUUUUUGCUCACCAAGAGCCAUAUUUCUCUGCUCACUGAGCCCCCCUGACCUCACUGGGCCCACUGAGUCCACAACUGCUAUAGCCUGGCUCUUGUGUGGUGAGAACUGUACAGAAAAAUAAUUUUAAAAAAAGAUCCUCAUCCUGUUGUGCCUGUCACAACAGACGCAGUGUGACCCCGCCCGUCUUUGGUCACCAAAACUGCCACCUGCCCAGCACGAGACAGCACAUGACGCAAUAUCAUCAUCAGUCUAGUCCAGCACAGAUCAGUAUUCUGGUCCACUAUAAAACUGACCCACACGGGACUGGGCCGUGAAGUAAAACCAUAAAACCAAGAAAGCCGGACUAAUCAACCUGUGCUUUUCUUUCUUUUUUUUUCGUUUUCUGGAACAAUCUAAAUGUCUGUGUAAACUUUUUGCCACUAGUUAUUGUGUAAUUUAAACUGAAGUGAGAAAAAGUGAAAGAAAACUGAAAAAAAUCUAACUAUCUUGUAUGUCUAAUUAUUUUUUGUUUUUGGUUUUAGAUAUGUGCUUCUGUCUUUACAUUUGUGCAUUGACUACUGUAAAAAAAAAAGUGAGUUUUUUAUUUCACUCACCAUCUUUCAAGGCAAAAAAAUACUAAUUUUCUGUAGUUUGUUUACCAUUUUUCUUUAUUUGAUUGAACAGUGAACAAAAUAUGUCAUUUGCUUAUGGAAUUCUGUCUGGGAAUCAAACUCUCACUGGUAUGGGAGUCGUUUCCUGGCCCUCAGCAACUGAAAACCGAGUAUGUUUUUUGUUUUUUUUUAAAGAAAGCUAAUGAUUUACUUGAAAGAUGUCAUGAUAUUGAAAAGGGGAGCACGAAGUACUGCUGCUCAAGUCACCUGCCGGUACUGGGCAAAGCUGUAUAUGUACCAUUUUCAUGUAUUUCUGUAUAUAGCAGAUGAUUUAUUGAAGAUAUUUAUGCAAGUUGUGUGGGAGGGAUGUUUUCUCGGCAUUGUUCUAGUGAGAUGUUUCUUUCACUGAAUUUAUGAUUAGCAUUGACUUUUGUGAAGGCUUUACACAUCGGCAACAUCUUGUCCCAUUGUAUGACUAAAAUUUUUUUUUUUAAUGGUACAACAUGUGUUGAGUUCAAAGCAGCGGAAUAUGUCUGUAAUUUACAGCGUUUCUACUGUUUGAACAGCUAUUAUAGCCAUACACGUCAAAAUAUUGCAAUCUUUUGUACAAGAAUGUUACAGACUAAAUAUUGCCUCUCUAGAGAACUAAAAACUUUGGUACUAUGUGUACUGUAUAAAGAGCUCCUAAUCACCCAGAUGGUUACCAAAGGAGAUAACAGCCAUAUAUUUUGUUUUUUUUUUGCCAAGUGGAAGUAAAACAGCUAAUAUGUACAAUGUUACCAAAAGAGAGUACGCCUGAAACAAGGCGAGCGAUGAUGUCCACUCGAUAUGUAGUAUAGAACAGAUAAACUUUAUACUUUAACAUGGAAUUAGCACUUUUUAAAAAGCCCGAAAGUUGGCAAACUCAAUGCAAAGAUGCUAUUGUAUAGCAUUCAAUUUCUAAAGGUAAAAGUCCCAUUUAUUAUUUGCACAAUCAUCGUAUCUUGUAGCGAAACCAUAAUAGUUAGAAAAUGUGUUUACUUUACACACAAAACACAUAAAAAAUAGAAGUAAUUACAUGCUAGAAUCAGCCCAUUGGAAUUUGAAGGUAUUUUAUUAUACAGUAUUGUUGGCCUGUGCAUGAUACAUAAAAGAUGUGGGCGUUGUUGCUUGGAGCGUUUUGAUUCUUGCUUUGAAUCAUUCAAAGUAUCACAAACGAAAAGAAAAAAAAAGGACACAAUAUUUCCACUCACGCAGACUGUGUUUUGUAAUACAAGUGAUUACCAUUACCACUCAUAAACGUUUCAUCUGAUUUCAUUAGGGGGAAAAAUAAGUAGGAAUGGUGUUUACAAAGGGAGAUUUAAUGCAAUGUUAUGAUGAAUUGAUGUGCAAUGUUUGUACUUUGUUUGGGAUGUGGCGAGAUGCAUUUAUUUCAGAUGGACUAAGGGAUGAAUUUAAUGUCUUUAAUUUUUUUUUUUUUUUUUUGCCGUGUCUGUAUGCUGUGACGUCAUGACAACACCCUGAUUUUGAUGUUGCAGUGACGACAACAUAGAAUGCUAUUGGAUGUAGUUGCAGAAAAGUUUUGGUGAAUUUAAACAAUAAAGAUGAAUUACAAUUAUUUUUGCUUUGGAGUGU